CUGACCCUUAACCUUAAAGUGGAAUCGUCCAAACAGAGCUUUACAGCAAAACCUAUUUAAAUGUAGUUCAAUCCUUCAAAUGAUAUUUCAUCAAAAAUUUUGUACUUUAUAUUCAGAAAACAAUGGACAGAUUCAUUCUUAUUUGUAUUAAUAAAUAAAUCUGCAUGAUAUGAUAGCAUUUUAAGUGACAAACCUUCAACCCCCUCGAUGUAAGUGGACGAUUCUGUACUGUAAUCUCGCGAGAGUUGAGGACGCGAGAGGACAAAAAUAUCAAGAUGGCGGCGACUGUUGGAAUUCUUCGCCUUGCGAAUCGCAACCUGUUGCUGAGCCCACAGCUGGUCACGCGGCCCUUCGUGGCGUCCGGUCUCCUCCACCGUAACCGGCUGCAGCCGGCGCCAACCACUGAGUUUCACACCUCACCUCGCAGCCUCGCUGCCCUUGCGUCGUCCCACUGGAACGCUGAGCGCGUGCUGGUGGUGAGCAUGCUGGGAUUGUUCCCGUUGGCGUACUUCGUGCAGAAUCCCGCUGUCGACUACGGGCUGGCGGCAGCCGUCGUGCUACACGGGCACUGGGGUUUUGAGCAGAUCGUGACAGACUACAUCCACGGCCCCCUGCUGCCCCGCCUGUCCAAGUUAGCGCUGUACGGGGCCUCCGUCCUGGCCUUCGCUGGGCUCUGCUACUUUAACUACAACGACGUGGGAAUCACCAAGGCCGUGUCCAUGAUCUGGCAUGACUUGUAGUGGGGUGGGGAGGGUGUGCAUGUCUGUGUAUAUCAGUCUAACAGUAGCACAUUGGCAGAUUAUACUGCACCUGUGCAAAACCCAUAAUGUAUUGUGCAUAGCACUUCGGCAGAAUGUCUCAUAUAAGGUAGUAGUUGCAUAUAUAAGGUUAUCACUCCAUCUGUGGUUUCCUAAAAAAGAUCUUGUCGGCAACAGGCAAAGUUCUAAUGCAACGGUGACCAAAAAUUAAAUGAAAAUCGCGAAAAAUUUGCGUUUUGGGCAGGCCAAUCUGCCGAUGUGCUUCUAACAGUGUAUCAGAGUUCUGGGUUCAGAUUAGGUUUAACACAUGAAGCAGCCACUAGGCUUAUUGUUUUGCUAUAAAAUGUCACACAGAAGAUCUUUGUAAAGCGGAUAGAGACAUACAGCUGAAUUAUAAUGAAGUGGUGUUUUGCUAUGAAAUGUGCUGCACCAGAAAAAAACAUCUUACAGCUUCUGAAGUUGUUUCUUAGAUGUAAGGAUGAAUGUUUCGAUUAUUUUUGCUGAUAGAAGCAUCCUAGAAAUGUUGAUGGUUGGACAUCCAGAUGGAACUUUAUGUAAUACAGGUACCUGUACAGGUCAGUUGAAACUUAAAAACCUGAAACUUAUAAUAUGAAAUUAAAAAGAAACGUGAAAAAGAUGUUUUUUUGUGAUGAGAAGAUAUUAUGAUUCAGUCAUUGGCAGUAUGUGAGAAAUAUUUGUGUGAAAUAUGUUCCUAAAAUAAGCACUAUAGAAAAUAAAAGAGAGUGGCGCA